ACCAAGUUCCCUGUAACAAUGGCACUGGUGGUUGCACCACCAUCAAACCCCACUUCUACAACUACACGUUUUCCAAUCCACCGUCACCACAAACACUUGCUAAACCUCCUCGAAAACUGUAAGGGCAUGUCGCAAUUCAAACAAAUUCAUGCCCAUGCUCUAAGGACAACAACACCCAAUCAUCCGGAUACACUUUACUUGUACAGUAGAAUUAUGCAUUUUUCUGCUUUUUCUGAUCUUCAUUACUCGUCUCGUCUUCUUCCUCAAAUUCACCAUACAAAUUCAUUCAUUUGGAAUACUCUUAUAAGAGCUUAUGCAUGGAGUUCUCAUCUCAAAGACCAGUCUAUUAUACUCUAUCGUAGGAUGCUGAUUGAAGGUUGUGUUGCGCCUGAUAAACACACGUUUCCGUUUGUUCUUAAGGCUUGCGCUUUCUUGUCGGCUUUAUGUGAAGGUCAACAGAUUCAUGGGCAAGUUCUGAAACUUGGAUUUGAUUCAGAUAAGUAUGUUAAUAAUAGUUUGAUUCAUUUUUAUGUGUCUUGUGGGUGUUUGGAUUUGUCUGUGAAAGUAUUUGAAGAAAUGCCUGAGAGAAAUCUCGUUUCAUGGAAUGCUAUGAUUGAUGGCUUUGUACAGUCUGGUGAGUUUGUUGCUGCUUUGAGAAAGUUUGUUGAAAUGCAAGACUUGUUUGAUCCCGAUGGUUUUACGAUUCAGAGUUUGGUGAGCGCUUGCGGAGGAUUAGGAACUUUGUCUCUAGGAAUGUGGGUUCAUGCAUAUAUGUUGAGGAAUUGUGAUUCUAUUGUGCAAAAUGAUGUUUUGAUGAACAAUUCAUUAGUGGAUAUGUAUUGCAAAUGUGGGUCUAUCAAAAUGGCUCGUCAAGUUUUUGAUCGAAUGGAUAAAAGAGAUGUAACUUCUUGGAAUUCGAUGAUUUUAGGAUUUGCAAUGCAUGGGGAAAUAGAAAAUGCAGUAGAAGCAUUUGAUUCCAUGUGUGAGAUGAAGAAUAUAAUGCCAAAUUCAAUUACAUUCAUCGGUGUUUUGAGUGCGUGUAAUCAUGGUGGAAUGGUGUGUGAAGGGAAAAAGUAUUUCGAUUUGAUGGUUGAUGUAUACAAGAUUGAACCUCGGUUAGAGCAUUAUGGAUGCAUGGUUGAUCUUCUUGCUCGUAGUGGACUUAUUAAUGAAGCUUUGGAUUUAGUUUCAAGUAUGCCUAUAAAACCCGAUCUGGUUAUCUGGAGAAGUUUACUUGACGCUUGUUGCAAGCGAAACGCUGAUAUUGAACUAAGUGAAAGGGUCGCCAAACAAGUUCUUGCGUCCGAAGAGCGCGUCUCCAGUGGUGUUUACGUUCUCUUAUCCAAGAUAUAUGCCUCGGCGAACCGGUGGGAAGAAGUUGGACUAGUUAGGAAUAUGAUGAGCGAGAAAGGAAUCGUUAAAGAACCGGGUUGCAGUUCAAUAGAAUUGGAAGGUGAAUUUCAUCGAUUUAUCUCUGGUGAUACAUCACAUCCUCAUACCAAAGAGAUUUACCAAACAUUAAAUGUUAUUGAACAGAGAUUACAAAAUGUGGGUUAUGUUCCUGACUUAUCACCAGCAACUAUGAUUGAUGAACUCGACGACAGAAAACAAAAUUCACUUUGUUUACAUAGUGAGAGACUUGCCAUUGCGUUUGGGCUACUCAAGUCAAGACCAGGAAUACCAAUUCGCAUCUUUAAAAACCUUAGAGUUUGCAAUGACUGUCAUACUGUAACCAAAUUAAUCUCUAGAUUAUUUGAUGUAGAUAUUGUUGUCAGAGAUCGUGUACGAUUCCAUCAUUUCAAAGAUGGAUUCUGUUCUUGCAAGGAUUACUGGUAACAUAAAUUUUAAAUAGUAUAUUAAUUUAUCA